AACACUCUGGGCGAAGUUUGCUGGCGGCGAUUUUCUUUCUGAGGACGGAGAGAAGAAACCAGCGUAAAAAUGGCAAGAGGGUUGAAGAAACACUUGAAGAGGCUUAAUGCCCCGAAGCAUUGGAUGCUAGACAAACUUGGUGGUGCAUUUGCACCCAAACCAUCAUCUGGACCUCAUAAGUCCAGGGAAUGCUUGCCUUUGAUCCUUAUUCUGCGAAACAGGCUGAAGUAUGCUCUCACAUACCGUGAAGUUAUUGCUAUUCUGAUGCAACGACAUGUUCUUGUUGAUGGGAAAGUUAGGACAGAUAAAACUUACCCUGCUGGUUUCAUGGAUGUUGUAUCAAUUCCGAAGACAAAUGAGAACUUCCGUCUCCUCUAUGACACUAAAGGCAGAUUCCGUCUCCACUCUGUUAGAGAUGAAGAGGCUAAGUUUAAGCUUUGCAAGGUUCGGUCUGUUCAAUUUGGCCAAAAGGGCAUCCCUUACUUGAACACCUAUGAUGGCCGCACCAUUCGCUAUCCAGAUCCUCUAAUAAAGGCUAAUGACACCAUCAAGCUAGACCUUGAGAGUAAUAAAAUUACUGACUUCAUUAAGUUUGAUGUGGGAAAUGUUGUCAUGGUGACUGGAGGGAGGAACAGGGGGCGAGUUGGUGUCAUUAAAAAUAGGGAAAAGCACAAGGGUAGUUUUGAGACUAUCCAUAUCCAAGACGCAACUGGCCACGAGUUUGCCACUCGCUUGGGCAAUGUUUUCACUAUUGGAAAGGGGACCAAACCGUGGGUCUCUCUUCCCAAGGGUAAGGGUAUCAAGCUCUCGAUCAUCGAGGAGGCAAGAAAGAGGCAGGCAGCAGCAGCUCAAACAGUUGCAUGAUAUUGUGUUGAAAUGUUUAGAACAGUAUUUUGAUAGCAUUUUGAAAAUUUUAUUUGAGUUUUUGAUGCUAGAGUUUGUUGGCUUUUGACUAUUGUUGCUUUACAUUUUAAACUUUUUUAAGGUUUUUGAAGGGAUUAAUUAAAAUAUCAAAUGAAGACUUUCUUUUGCAUGGUCAU